UAGGGAUUAUUAGCAAGACCCCCCUCAUCUAGGAAAUGUAGUUAAGGAAACCCCCCCUCCCAAAAAUAAUUAGAGAAAACCCCCUUAGUUAGGAUUUCACCAAAUGUUACUUUUAUAAUUCCAAAUCUACCCUUAUUUGUCAAUGUAUUAUUUUGAAACCCUAAUUUCUUUCUUAUUUUUUCAGCCCCUCACACCCACCAAUGCCUCUCCCCGCCGUCCACCAUCUCUGCCCAUCACCACUACCACUAUUUCUCCCCCGCCGUCCACCGCCACCUGCCGCCCCCGGCGCCCGGCGGCGCUCCGGCGAACGUAGCCAUCGCCGUUGCCAGGCUCGGCGGGAAGGCCGCCUUUCUCGGGAAGCUCGGCGACGACGAGUUCGGGCACAUGCUCGCCGGAAUCCUGAAGGAGAACGGCGUCUCCGCCGACGGCGUGAGAUUCGACAAGGGCGCACGCACCGCCCUGAUUCGCACGCACAUAAGAAAGAAAAAUGGAGGUCGAAGGAGUGCAGUUGGAUGACAAGGCGAAGAGAAUGAGAGAUCUGUUAUCUAGUUUUUAUUCUCCAGAUCACUCUUCUUCUUCUUCUUCUUCUUCUCCUUCAUCUGCUUCUCUCCCCCGAAACACUUCUUCCAGAUUCGCCACACUCGACACUAUCAACACCACUUCAUUCGACGCCGAUCAGUACAUGAAUCUCCUGGUACAAAAGUCAAAUCUGGAGGGUCUUCUUCACAAGCAUGUUGAAAUGGCUGCCGAGAUUAAAAAUCGGUUGUGUGCGAGGCCAUCAUCAAGGAGGAGAUUGUGAAGAAGGUGCUCAAGACUGAUGUUGCUUCAUUGGUGGAGCUGAACAUGGCUCAAAACCUGAUGGGUUCGGCCAUGGCAGAAGCUCUGGGUGGUGUGGUGACGAUGGGGAGGAUGUUUUUUGGUUUUUUUGUGGAUUGAACGGAUGAAGGCGCGUGUAGAGAAUUUUGCGCAGGCUGUUACGUUAAUCGACUAUGUACAUGUUCAUAGUCGAUUAAGCUAAUCGACUAUGUCUGGUAGCCGAUUAAGGUUCACCGACUCCAAUUUUUUUUAUUUUUUUUGGAUUUUUUGUAUAUUGCUUUCAAUUGUAUAAAUCAUUUAUAAU